GUCCGACGAUGUUUUUUUUGGCACAGGAGAACGUCGCCAGCCGCGUACACCGUGACAUUUUAACAAAGCCGAUGGACGCGGCGUGUGGAAAUUGAACUUUUACCGGUGUCCGCGGUGAAAUUAAGUGCGGGGCUAACUUCCCAAGUCGGGGUUUGCAAAAAAUGCGUCGUUUUCUGGCCGAGAUUUGAACUGAAAGUAGUCGUCUGGUUUCAGCCUAGCAAAGAAUGUCAUUUUCAUUUUUGUCUAAAAGUACAAACCACGUGCUAGCGUGGCGGACUCGCGACAUUUCCUCACGUGGGGGGUCAAAGGUCAGAGCUGAGGAGACUUGCUAAAGGUCGGGGUCAAUUAGAGAUGUCAAAGGUGAGCCGUUCGCUUGUGGUGACGUCAUUUGUCAGAGUGAACGUGCAGUGCGUGCGAGUAUGAAGCCGCUUUAAAAUGGCUGCUUUUUAAGUGGAGAUCUGAAGGAUGAGCCAGGGCCCACACCUGGUGCUCCAGUGGCUCUCCGAGCUCCACCUGGCCCACUACGUGGAGGCCUUCCUGGACAACGGCUACGACGACCUGGAGGUCUGCAAGCAGAUCGGACAGCCCGACCUGGACGCCAUCGGGGUCGGCGUGGAGGGCCACAGACUCCGGCUUCUGGGCGCCGUGCAGCGGCUGAAGGACGGGGACGAGGAGAAGAAGAAGAAGGUGGCCCCGGGCUUCUACUUCACCUUGGAACCUUCAGCGGGUCACCCGGGGACCCUGCGGGGGUCAGGAAGACCACACCGGCCGUCCUGUCACGGAAAGCACGACCUGAGACUCACGGACUGUAAGGACUUUGUGACUUAUCCCAAACUCAAACUGAAGGUCCUCAUCAGGGACAAACUGGCCAAGGAUGGAAUCGACCUGGGAGGAGAUCCUUACACCCGCCAGGACGGCUCCGCGGGGAACCUUGAUGAUCUGGCUCUGGAAUAUUCCGGCCAUUACUCCACCUCCCUGGCUGAGGUGAGUGCGAGGAUGGAGGAGCUGCGCAGACGGCGAGUGGCGCAGGAAGUUGCUGAGACGGCAAACUUUGACUCAGCGACCACCUCACUACACCUGCGCUCUCACAUCCAGGAAUCCCUUGGACUGUGCAGCAUGUCGUGCACGCCGGACACGGACAGGAAGUUUGCUGUGCACAAGGUCAAGUGUGAGAGUGACUCAGCAUCAGCAGGAAAGUGGAAGUCCUUCUGGCCGAGUGUGAGGAGGUCCCAGAGAGGAGCCACGCCGCACAUCUCCAAGGGUGACUUCCUUGCCAGCGAGAUCACUAUGAGCGACGAGGAGCGCAUCCAGCUGAUGAUGAUGGUGAAGGAGAACAUGAUCUCCAUAGAGGAAGCCCUGGCAAGGCUGAAGGAGUUUGAGGUACAGAACAAGCAGACGUGCAGGUCGGAACCCACCGAGUGCACGCAGACCUCCGACAAGUCGCCGUGCGAGCUGUCGGACAGCGAAGAAGAAGAAGGGAUGACGUUCAGGAGACUCCAUAAGAUGGUCAGCUCCACCAGGAAGGUGAAGAAGAAGCUGAUCAGGAUGGAGGAGACCAGGAGGACCAGCAGAGAAGAGAGUGAAAGUGGAGACGUGGGCGUGUGGAAGAAACCUUUUAGUCACGUGGACUCGCUGACGUCGGCGCUUCAGGACAACCUCAGCUGCGAGGCGGUCACAUGGCGUCCCCCCAGCGCCCCCCUUCAUCAUCAUCAUCAUCAUCAUCAUCAUCAGGAGGAGGAGGCGGAACACACAAGCGACGUCGGCGAGGAGACCAAGAUGGCCCGUUCGGCGACGGACGGAGAGCUGCGCCGCCGUCUCCUGGGCUCGCUGGGCCACCCCGUGAGAGCGUGCAGUUUCGGCGGCUUUGACCUGACCGAGCGCGCGGCGCAGGAAGUCUCGUCCCACAACAAAGUGAAAGAAGCGGCGAGGUCCCCGCUGACGUCUGCCGCCUCCCUGGGGAGGAAGGUGAAGUCUGUGAGGGACACCAUGAGGAGGCACAUGACCAGGAGAUACCAGGCGAGUCCGGACGGCGUUCACAGCUGCCCUCACUCGCCUCGCUCGGACUCUGUGGAGAAGAAGCCAGGAGGUUCCGUGGAAAGCCUGAGGAGCUCCUUAAGUUCCAUGAGCGGUCGGACGGCGAGCACCACCGACUCGUCCAACAGCAACCGAGAGAGCGUCAAGUCGGAGGACGGCGAGGAGGACGAGCCGCCGUACCGCGGUCCGUUCUGCGGCCGCGCUCGCGUCCACACCGACUUCACGCCCAGCCCGUACGACGCCGACGCCCUCAAGCUGAAGAGCGGCGACGUCAUCGACGUGAUCAGCACGCCGCCCGCGGGCACGUGGAUGGGCUUGCUCAAGGGCCAGGUGGGCACCUUCAAGUUCAUCUACGUGGACGUCCUCCACCAGGAGCACGCCAAGCCCAAGAAGACGCGGCGGCGCAGGAAGGCCCGGCAGCCCAAGGCCUCGUCCGUGGAGGAGCUGCUGGAGCGCAUCCAUCUCAAAGAGCACCUCCCCACCUUCCUGUUCAACGGCUACGACGACCUGGACACCUUCAAGCUGCUGGAGGAGGAGGACUUGGACGAGCUGCACAUCAGGGACCCUCAGCAACGGGCGGUGCUGCUCACCGCCGUGGAGCUGCUGCAGGAGUACGAUGGCAGCAGCGACCCAGAGCGAGGCAGCCAGGAGAAGGCGGUGGCGGCGGACACGCUCGGCCUGGUGGGAGAUUCCCCGCGCGACUCGGGAUGUUACGAAAGCGGCGACAACCAAGACCACGCUUCUAAUUCUGGGCAGUGACCGCCUGGACGGCCAGAGGCCGCCAUGUUCUCCGUGAGUGCAGGGAAGACAAGCUCACGAAUUGUGCCUACAGAUGCAUGAAUUCGAAAAAUGACUUCUUUAAGUGUGUGUGUGUUUGCACUACAACGAAGUGGUGUGUGUGUGUGUGU